UCUGGAGUUCUCAAAAUGUUUGCCAAAGCAACAAGGAAUUUUCUUAGAGAAGUUGAUGAUGGAGGUAACCUGAUUGCAGUAUCAAACCUGAAUGACUCUGAUAAGUUACAACUUCUCAGUCUGGUGACCAAAAAAACCAGAUUCUGGUGCUGGCAGAGACCCAAAUACCAGUUUCUAUCCGUCAGCCUUGGAGAUGUGCUCACAGAAGACCAGUGUCUGCAUCCAGUGGUCGUGGAGUCGGACUUCGUGAAAUACGAGGGCAAGUUUGAAAACCACGUGAGUGGGGCCAUCGAGACGGCGCUGGGCAAGGUCAAGCUGAAUGUCGGAGGCAAAGGCCUGGUGGAGAGCCAGUCCUCGUUCGGGAGCCUGAGGAAGCAGGAGGUGGACUUGCAGCAGCUCCUCGGACAGGCCGCUGGCAGGAGGAUCAAUCUGAAAAGCCCCCUGCUGCAGCAGGUGCUGGAGAGGCGGAACGAGGUCCUGUGCGUGCUGACGCAGAAGAUAGUGACCACACAGAAGUGCGUGAUAUCGGAGCGCGUGCAGAUUGAGGAGAAGUGCGGCGGCAUGGUGGGGAUCCAAACCAAGACGGUGCAGGUGUCAGCUACGGAGGAUGGGACUGUCGCCAAGGACACCAACGUGGUGCUGGAGAUCCCGGCUCCCACCACCAUCGCCUACAGUGUCAUCGAGUUGUACGUGAAACUGGACGGCCAGUUCGAAUUCUGCCUCCUACAAGGGAAGUGCGGUGGCUUCGAGCACGAGAGGAGAAUCGACUCCAUCUUCCUGGACCCCCAGCCCUUCCGAGAGUUUGCGUUUGGAGACAUGCCAGAUGCCGGGCGGGAGCCGUCUGUGCCUGAUGGACCGCUGAGUGCUUUAAAACAAGCCACUGUGCCCCUGGAGAGGAACUUCCAGCCCUUUGCGCAGCUGCCGGAGCAGCAGCAGGCGGCGCUGAGCGGCGUCCUGCAGGCGGUCCUGUUUGAUGAGGAGUUACUCCUGGUCCUGGAACAAGUGUGUGACGACGUGGUCAGCGGCCUGUCGCCCUCACAGGCGACCCUGGGGGAACUGAAGCCCCCCCAGAGGCAGAACCUCACAGCCUUCCUGCGGCUGGUGGGGUGCAGUGUGCAGGGCGGGCAGCCGGGCCCCGAGGGUGCGGUCAGCGACGGGAAGCUCUUCUCCACGGCCUACUUCCUGGUCAGUGCGCUGGCAGAAAUGCCAGAUAACGGAGCAGCUCUGCUGGGCACCUGCUGUGAACUCCGGAUCAUUCCUUCGCUAUGUCACUUGCUCUGUGCACUGUCCGCUGGUGGAGAGUCUGACCUUGAAGACGUAGCCCUGGCUCCUCUGAGGGACACGGAGAGGUUUGGGAUUGUGCGGCGCCUGCUGGCCACGGCCGACAUCGACCUGGAACGGCGACAGGCGGCCGUCAGGGCUGUCACCUGCAAAGUCCCCAACCUUUCCCCACUCGUUCUGUAUGUGAGCCUGAACGGACUCCGCGCUUUAGGCCCAGCGCAUCAGUAAUGGCACAGCCUUCUGUAAAUAGCCUGGGCUGUCUCCUGGUCCCGUUGCUAAGGUCCCCUGGGACCUGCAGCCACUUGCUCUCCCUCAGCACCACCGGGUGCGCCCGCUGGGAGGCCUGUCCAGCGUGGGAGCAGCAGUGGUUAGAGAGACACGUGCUACGCGGCACAGGUGCUUCACCUCACCUUCCUCUACUGCUUCCAGCUCUGAAGAUGUUAAUGAUGCUAAUGAAGCAAGUAACCCUUUCAUCACCUCUGGAAAAUGAGAAUAAUCCAUGUUCAAGUACUUGCAUAAGUAAACCUAUGAUCCAUGAGAAGAAAAGGACACAGCAGUGUACACUGUGGUGGCAACAACAUGAAAAACCAGCACCGCAUGCACAAACUGGAAAGGAACAUGCCAACGUGAAAAUGGUGCUAAAAUGGUGGCACCGUCCAUGUCUUUUGUCUGGUUUUCUGAAAUAAAAUAAAUAUACAGAACGAACUGUAAA